AUGGGUCAGAUUACUGAUUUCUUCCACCGGCCGGCAUUCUCGCGCAUCAACCAGAGUCUAACCCCCGAGAAGAAAGCCAGGCCCUCGCCCAAGGAGCCCUCGGAGGCCCCGUCCUCCCCGCUAUCCGAUCCCCCGCCAUCAUCGAAAAUAGAUCUGACGUUGGAGGACCAAGAUGAACCCGCAACUCAGUUGAACACAUCCCUGUUGCAGUCAGCAGGUGACAAGGACUCCCUGCCUCUUGCAUCCGAGCAGAGCUUUCAAAGCACCGGGUCAGGCCCGCCACCUUCAUCUCUUGGGAGCUUCAUUGCCUCCCAGCGCAUCAUCAAAGACGGCAAGGAAGUGGUGAUCAGCUCUGACGGGGAGGACACUGAUUCUAUCGGCUCGCUUGAAGACCCUGAUAUGCUCCUUGCGCCGGUAAUCAAGAAGAACAAGGAUGAGAUCAAACCCACCGGUGUGGAUAAAGCAUACCUCGCCGACAUUUCGGAACCAAAGAGAUACAAAAACUCUUUGGAUUCACUAGUGCAUGCUGCCGUUGAUUACAAUGAAACCGAAGCGAAUGUCGCUAAGGUCAAAGCGAGUUUCACGCAAAUUAAGCCAAAUGGCAACCAAGUUGUAUCUGGUGGAGGCGCGGGAUCAAAGAAGAAGCGUGUUCAUGAAGGAGCAUUGUCAUCAGCUUUGGGGGGAAGUGAAGAUGCACAUGAUUUCCGACGUCUGUUGGAUGCCGUUCGAAGAACUGAAGCUCUCGACCAGGACCGGAUCUGGCGAUUCUUUGACCAGGUGCAGAUCACACCGGCCACAUCAGAGUUUCCACGAGAUCUAUUUACGCCCGACUCUCCUCUAUCUGCUCUGCGAGAACCCGACUCUCGAGUCCGUGCUUUCCAGUCAGGCAUCCUAGAAUAUGCCUCCUCGUUACAACAACUACCAGACGAGCUUCUUUGCUGGCUCUUUCGCUCCAUUCCACUCGAGCCUCGGGAUGAGUUAAGGAAAGCUUAUUGCCGGGUCUUCACGCAAACAUCCGUUCAACGCGUGGAACAGCUCAUUCGUCUGGAUGAUAUCGAUUGCCUAUUUCGGCAUAUUGGUGCCAAGCCACAGGCGCUGGAUCUCACAGAAAAUAUUGUCGAAGAUCCUUACGGACCAAUAUCUCAGGAUCCUCAACUCAAGGACCGAUCAGUCCUUUUCUCUGUCUUUGAUUUGCUCCGAGAUGCUGCCGACUUGUUUUCGAACGAUACUCGGGAGCGCGCUAUUCAUAUCUUGCUACGUAUCACGCUAGACACAUCAUUGACGGCAAACAAUCUCCUUCGCUCUGAGCUACAAAGUGCUCUCAGUGCUCUUCUAGAAAGGGUUCCUGAGGCCAAUACGGAGGAUUUAAAUCGACGGAUCUGCAAAACGGUCUAUGGGACCGUCAAAGAUCACCAAUUCCAAAACCGCAUGCUACAGAAUAUUCUUCCCACGUCACCCUGGAUUUCGCUGUUGCGGUACCGCCUCGCCGUGGCGUUCCUUCUCCAGAGCCCGGAGCCCUUGACAGAAACCCCAGAAGCGGUUCUCAACCUCAAACGCCUCACCCUCUUCUUGAUCCGGGACGAACGGUUCCAUAAGAAGCUACGUAAAGCAAAGGGUGAAUACGACUACGGCGAGCUAACUGCUAUUGCUCUUCUUCUUGACAUUGUCGUCAACUCCGCUCUGCACGAUCUGGGAUAUAAACAGGCCGACACAGCGAGAGAGUUCGACGACGCCAUCGACAAGCUGGCAGCGCAGAUCAAGAAGAUUUUCAGCUCGAUUGAAGAUUCCGGCGCCUCGCAUCUUAAACGCAUGUUGGCUAAGGAAACCUUGGAGGCGCUUCACUACCGAUUACUUUACGCGGUGCGGUCCAAACCGCCUCCCAAGAAGACACUCUUCAAAACAUACGGCAUAGAGCAGGGGAAUGGCAACAUUCGCAAUAUAUUCAAGUCGAAAGUUGCUAUAGAUACCACCGACGAGGGGACACCUGAUUCCGCGGACACGACCGAGCCUACGGCAAUGCCCAUCCGCGGGCACUAG